AACAUUAAUCUUCCGUCCAUUUUCAUUUCGCAAACUUAAAAAAACGACGACGAAAAAGAAAAAGGCAUUUCUUUUUGUCGUUUAAAAUAUUGCUUGUUGCUGGAUAAUGUGAGCUAACUAUCAUUUAUGUUGUUUAGUUUUAAUAAACAUAGUUUAAUCAAGAGGAACUGUUGAAAAUACCUUGGUAACGUUUUGAAAUCAAAAUUUGACUUGACAUCACAAAAUGGAGGAUGAAAAUGAAUAUAAGAAAUUGCCGACAGACGAGAAAUGUGUUCACAAGUUAUGGAAGGCCAGGGUUGCAGGUUAUGAAGAGGCCAUCAAACUGUUCAACCAGAUUGAUGAUGAGAAGUCUCCGGAAUGGAAUAAAUACUUAGGACUGAUCAAGAAGUUUGUUACCGACAGCAAUGCCGUGGCUCAGGAGAAAGGUUUGGAAGCUGCCCUGGUGUUCGUGGAGAACUGCGGGCAUGCCGGCAAAACGACCGGCGAGGUGAUGUCUGGCAUCGUCGCCAAGUGCAUCGCAGCGCCCAAGACUAAAACUAAGGACCUUGCACUACAGAUAACCCUAAUGUACGUAGAAAUAGAAAAACAUGAAAUAGUGGAAGAAGAAUUGAUCAAAGGUAUGGAGCAGAAGAAUCCCAAAGUGGUGGCAGCUUGCGUGUCAGCUUUGCACACGGCAUUGAAACAGUUUGGCAACAAAGUGAUAGCUAUCAAACCUAUGGUGAAGAAGAUCCCUAUAUUAUUGUCAGACAGAGACAAAGGGGUGAGAGAUGAAAUGAAGGCUCUCGUUAUUGAAAUGCACAGAUGGAUAGGAGCCGCCAUAGAGCCUCACAUAGCGUCCUUACAAGCAGUGAUACAGCAAGAACUCAGGGAAUCGUUCAGCAGUGGCGGUGGAGGCGCUCAGCCCACGCGGUACCUACGGUCGCAGCAGAACAGGGUGCGAGAUGCUCCUACUGCUGACUGUGCUGAUGGCACGACAGAAGACGACGACGCCGAGACCGGCGGCGGAGACUCAGGGGACAUGGACCCUUACGAUUUACUGGACCCAGUGGAGAUCCUGUCCAAACUGCCGAAGGACUUCUACGACAAAUUAGAAGCUAAGAAGUGGCAGGAGAGGAAGGAAGCCCUGGACUCUCUGGAGAACCUCCUCAAGACCGCUCCUAGACUGGAACCUGGAGACUAUGCUGACUUAGUUAGAGCUUUGAAAAAGGUGAUAUCAAAGGACACAAACGUAAUGCUGGUCGCGUUAGGCGGUCGUCUGCUCGGCAUGGUGGCGACAGGUCUUCGCAACAAGUUCUCGCCGUACGCCUGCGCGUGUGUGCAAGCUAUACUCGAGAAGUUUAAGGAGAAGAAAACUAAUGUCGUCACUGCACUCAGAGAGGCCAUCGAUGCUAUAUAUCCUUGUACAAAUCUCGAAGCCAUUAUGGAAGACAUGUUAGCAGCCUUCGACAACAAGAACCCAUCCAUUAAGGCGGAAAGUUCCCUGUUCUUAGCCAGGGCUCUGUGCCAUACACAGCCCGCUGCCUUCAACAAGAAACUCAUCAAGGCAUACGUUGCUGGCUUAUUGAAAUUACUGGAAAGUGCUGAUCCUUCAGUACGAGACGCAGCAGCCGAAGCAUUGGGUACAGCCACAAAACUAGUAGGAGAGAAGAACAUCGCACCGCACAUUGGCAAACUGGAACCCUUGAAGGAGCAGAAGAUCAAGGAGUUUGCGGACAAGGUAGUUGUAACCGUGGCUGUGAUACAAGUGAAAGUGGCGGCUCCGAAGAAGGAAGCAAAGGCUAAGCCGAACCCAUCGCCGUCUGCUAGGGGUGAUUCUAAACCCGCGGCCGGUUCUGCGCAACCCAAGCCUGUUAAACGACCUAACUCUGCUAAAGCCCCUGCGAAGAAGGCCCCAGCGUCCCGCGGCCAACCGAGCCCGCCGCGUGAACAGGAGUUGUCGCAGGAGGAAGUCGACGCUAAGGCAGAGAUGCUGUUCCCGGCUGAUGUACUCUCAGGUCUCGGCGACAGCAACUGGAAGACCCGUCUAUCAGCCGUCCAGAGCCUCCACAGUACAGUGCAAGGUCUGACCUCAAGCGACGCGACCUCACAAGUACUGUAUCGCACGCUGAACAGGAAGCCCGGCCUGAAAGACACCAACGUUCAGGUUCUGAAAGCUAGGCUCGAAGCUUGCAAGUACAUUACUGAGAACUUCCCUGUGUCCACGACAGCAGCGGACUUCGUUAUUCAAGACGUAGUAACGAAACUAGGUGAAGCAUCUUGUGCAUCAAUCUGUGCGGACUGCCUGACCUCGUUAGCUGAAGCGUGUGGCAUAGAACAUGUGCUCAAUGAAGGACUCACUUAUGCCAUGGACUCACAGAAGAACCCUAAAGUACAAUCGGAAAUGUUCAACUGGAUGGCCAAUGCUAUAAAGGAGUUUGGGUUCAACAUGAACAUCAAAGCAAUAAUCGCACACAGCAAGAAGGCUUUAUCAGCCACAAACCCCAAUGUCCGUACAUCGACAGUGAACUUCCUUGGCAUCCUGUCUCUAUAUGUGGGUCCGUCCCUGAUCAACCACUUCGACAGCGAGAAGCCAGCCACUAAACAACUGAUCAGCUUGGAGUUAGACAAACAUGCCAAUAGCACGCCACCUACGCCUACAAGGCAGAUGGGAACUGUUAGUAAGUCUGCAAGUAAAGCGUCAGUGGACGACAUAGAGGAAGCGUUUGAGGACGCGACGGAGGACGAGCCCGUCGUAGUGGACGACAACAGGCCGCGCACCGACAUCGCGCCACUCAUCACUGAGGCACUCAUUGCUGAGAUCAACGACAAGAACUGGAAGGUCCGUAACGAAGCUUUGGAUAAAGUGAAAGCAAUAAUAACAAACUCGUCGCCUAUCAAACCAUCUUUGGGCGAGUUGCCGGCGGCAUUGUCAGCGCGUCUACUAGACUCCAACUCCAAACUGGCGCAGAGUGCUCUGCAGAUCUGUGAGGCAUUAGCCUCUGCCAUGGGAGUCAAGUGUAAAUCACAUGUCAGGACUUUCUUCCCUGCGUUCUUCCAAGCGUUCGGCGACAGCAAGCAGUGGAUCCGCGCGGCGGCGGUGUCGUGCGUGGAGACGUGGUGCCGCGAGGCGGGCGCGCACUGCCCGCUCGACGGGGAGAUGCUCCUAGACGCACUCAAAUCCGGCAGCCCACUGCUCCGGGCUACGCUGCUGCAGUGGCUGGCUGAGCAUCUGCCUAAUGUACCCCCGAAGUCGUUCCCCCGCGAGGAGCUGACGGUAUGCGUGCCGAUCCUGUACGCGUGCCUGGAGGACCGCGCGGCCGACGUGCGCAAGGUCACGGCCGACUGCGUGCUGCCCUUCAUGCUGCAUCUGGGGUACGAGGCCAUGCACAAACAACUCGACAAGCUGAAGCCUGGCUCCAAAACAGUAGUACAGGCAGCAUUAGACAAGGCUCGUCCAAGCUUGCCAGUACAGCCGCUACCGCCAUCUAAGGGCAAGAAGGAGGAACCACGCGGCGUCAAGUCCGCUGGUGCACUCAAGAAGGAGGCUGAGAAGAAGGGCACUGCUGUUAAGGGCAAGGGACCAGCAAAAUCCGCUUCAGCGUCAAGCCGCGGCAAGAAAGAUGACGAGGAUUGCUCCCCCCUCCUACCGAACAACAACGCCAAGAACCAACGUAUCAUUGACGAUCAAAAACUCAAAGUAUUGAAAUGGAACUUCACAACUCCCCGCGAGGAGUUCUUCGAACUUCUAAAGGAGCAGAUGGCGACCGCUGGAUUGAACAAACAACUGGUUGCUAAUAUGUUCCAUAAUGACUUCAGAUACCACUUAAAAGCAAUAGAAGCUUUAUCAGAAGACUUACACGAGAAUGGCCAAGCUUUAAUGGCCAAUUUGGACCUGGUCCUCAAAUGGUUGACCCUCAGGUUCUUCGACACAAACCCGUCAGUCAUCCUCAAGGGCUUGGAGUACCUUUCCAUCGUGUUCACGUAUCUAAUGGAUAGUGACUACACCAUGCCGGAGUAUGAGGCCAACUGUUUCAUACCUUAUCUGGUUUUGAAGGUCGGUGACCCCAAGGACACGGUGCGCAACGGCGUCAAGUCUCUGUUCAAGCAGAUUUGUGUGGUGUAUUCUGUUACCAAGUUGUUUGGGUAUUUGAUGGAAGGACUCAAGUCUAAGAACGCGAGGCAAAGAGCUGAAUGUCUAGAGUGCAUUGGUCACUUACUAGAAACAUACGGUUCGACGGUGAUGGGCAGCGGUGGUAGCGGGGCCCUGAAAGAACUGGCGCGACACAUCGGAGACAGGGACAACGCCGUCAGGUCCGCCGCACUCAACUGUGUCGCUUCUGCUUACUUCUUGGAGGGAGAAAAGGUGUACAAGAUGAUUGGACAGAUAUCGGACAAAGAUCUAUCCUUACUGGAAGAGCGUAUAAAGCGAGCGGGUAAAUCUCGCAGCGCGGAGUCGAGGCGGUCUAUGCUCGUACCACUCACGGCGUCUGGCAAACCUGUGCAGAUACAACAAGAGGAACCAGAACCUAGACGUGUGAUAUCAGUGGACUCCACUCCAGCGGAGUAUGAGGAGGAGGAAGAGGAACAACCUCCCGCGCCUGCACCAUUGCCUGUCGCUCCACCAGAACCGAAAGUGAUCACCGGUCCGUUCGGUCUCGACCCGGAAUUGAUCGCGCAGCUAGACGCAGCAGUGCCAGUACUAAGACAGCCAGAUGUAGCUGAAAUAGACCUCAAGUUCCUCGACGAGCCUAUACCUACAGGCGGUGUUAGACCACAGAUGACACAUACACAACCACCUAUUCGGUCCAGCAUGGUCCCGCUGUCCCCCCCGCGGCACCCCGGGCCGCACCCCCUGGUGACCCCGCAGCCACACUCGCUCACGUCGCACGUCGACGACUCGCAGCUCGCCGAUACUAUACACUCCAUUGCCAGCCCCGACUUGAAUGCGGCGAUCCGCGCCCUGUCCCUAAUAUCGGGCGCGUUAGUAUCGGGGCGCGGCGGCGCGCUGGCCCCGCACGAGGCGCGCCUGGUCACGGCCAUCGCGGCGCAGGUCCGACGGCUGCGGACCGCCGCGCCGCAGGACGCACUGCCCGCCUACAAGUACCUCGCCAGUGCACUCACCACGUUCUACGAGACGGCAGGUUGCGGGGCGCACGUGGGCGAGGCGGCGCUGUGCUCGCUGGUGGGGGAGCUGCUGCGGGUGCUGGGCGCGGGCGCCGGCGCCGCGCCCGGGCAGGACGCCGAGCGACUCGUGCGCAUACUCAACAACGUCUGCGUCAGGGUGCUGGAACACUCGCCCAGGACGCCGCUCUUGUGUGCAAUAGUGUCUCUCCUCCACGAAUCUAUCGGCGUGUCUGACCCAGCGUACCCUCGCUACCAAGACCUGCUCCUCAAGUGCUUCUGGAAGACCCUGAAGAUGAUCUCCACAUGGGACGUGAACUCCAUCGACUAUGAUGCAGUGUUGUAUAGAAUACACCUGUUCUAUAAGGCCUACCCUAAUAGCUAUUGGAAGAAGAAUCCGGAUAUCAGUGAUACACCAUACAGGACAGUGAAAACCCUGGUGCACACUCUAGUCAAAAUGAAGGGAAGCUCCAUCACGAACCACCUCACACAGAUACCAGACGUCAACGAAUCUGACCUCUAUCCAUACCUACUCAAAGUGCUCAAGCAAUUGAAACUCGACGAGAAGAAAGAGAACACGCCAGAUGCCCUGAACGGUGGCUCAGUACUUGCAUCGGUACCUCCAAACAACGCGGCGCUGGCGGCCGGCAGACUGCCGCGGGCCGUGCACGAGGAACUGGCGCUCAUACUCAAGAGGAUCGGCACCAAGGAGCAUAACAAGGACGCCUUGUCACAGCUGUAUGACUUGCGGGAGCGUCACCCAGAAGUAGACAUCUGGACGUUCAUGCAAGGCUCGUCGUUCUACUUCCGCAACUACGUGGAGCGGGGGCUGCGCGAGGUGGCCGAGCAGAGGAAGCUCGCCUCCAUGCCCAUAUACAAACACGACUACAAGUCUGAUAAUAUUGACAUAAGUAAUGAAAACGACGAAAAAUCACAUGUGAUAUUCUUAGAGAGACUUCGAGCUUUGCAGGCCAAAGCGGGUUUAAAGACAGAGUCAUCACCAUCGUCACAGCCUCGCACGCCGAUAGGCGACAACCGAACACUAGUCGACUCCAUCAACGAGAACACAUUGCCACGAACACACAGCAUCGAUCCACAGCUUGAUCUACACACAACACAGACGCUAUCACAACGCAACGAAGCCGAAGUAGACGCCUUACGCCUGAAGCUGCAACAAAUCAAGAGCUCUUCCAAGAGAUAAGGCCACACUCGCACCACACACGGACUUGUUAGCUCUCUCAUAAACGUCAUCGACUUACUAGCACCUAUAACGCAACACUAGUAGAGUGAAAACGAAACAAAUAGUCGAUUUCUAUCAACUAUUCGACUAAUAACACACUCUCAUAUACUUCAAAAGCUUCUUCAUCUUGCCUAAAAUAACUCGAACGUUUUAAAUCUCAUUUCUUUAGUUUCAUCUCAUGUAAUGUUAGAAUAGGCCUAUGCGUGUUCCGAGGUAGCGUCCAUUGAUCCCUUACUGAGUGAACAUGACAAUAUAGUUUCAGUAUCGCCUUGCACAGGGUAUAACGCUUCAUGUAUUGUGAACUUGUGUCUCGGUAAGGGUCAAAUUGUUGUUUGGUUAGGAUAUAAAUUGACUAUCUUGAACAUUGUUAUGUGGUCAAUGUUUUCAGUCAUACUUUGACUGCCAACAAAAAUCUGUUAGUCGCUUUUGCCCCCAUGGCGUUUAAUGUGUUAAUAGUAAUAGUUUGCUAAUUUGCUAAAUUAAUUUGUUGAUUGCAUUUUAAUUGAUUGUGGAAUUAGCAAGAAUUUAGGAAAUUAGCUAACUGUUAUUAUGGCGAGGUAAUUAAUAAUCGAUUUGUAUGAAAUUGUUUCAAGUAUGUGAUUGUUGAAUACAAUGUUAAGUCACCAAUAAAUAAACAAAUGGAAAAACUAACAAUACUACUAACAGUUUGAAAAUUUAACUCAAGUAACUCAUUUUCUCUGAACCAUAGAAGUUUCAUUUGUUGGUCAGAAAAGAUUAUCAAACUUGGAUAAUCUUGCUGAUACAACAUUCUUAAUAUUUGAUGUUAAAUUAAGUGUGUAACAGGUAUGAAAAUGAAUUAAAUUAUGUGCAGUUGAUAAAGCGAACUGAAACAAAAUACCCAAAGAUAAAUUGAGAAAAGACAUGACGGAAUUCUCUGCACCACCUUUAUGUGGUGCCCACUUACUACCGAGCCAAAUGUAGGCGCAUUGAUUAUUAAUAUAAUAAUAAUAAUGUUCACAGAUAUUAUAAAUCAUCUCACAGUGUGGUUCAUCACAUGAUUGCACUUAUCAUUGCACUUUCACGGAGUAGUAAACAAAUGCGAGUGCUUAGAAACAAAACCAUAAAAACCUUAGCUUCCUCGUCCCAGACCAAUUUUAAAGAGUUUAUUCUACAGGAUACGGACAUUCUUUGAUACAAGAAGAUUUUUAAAUCAGUUUUAUUUUCCAUAAUAUUUUUACCGUUAUUUGAAUUAAUCAUGAAUGUAAACAUAUUUAUAAUAUUGUCAAGAAAGUACAGUACCAGUUAGUACGAGUUUGCAAAACGAGAGCGCGUUCGGCGCUCUGAUUGGUAGGUUCAUUUGAGCUGGCCAAUCAGAAAGCCGAACGAAACUCGUACUAAGCCCUCUGACUACUUUAGAAGAGCUUUGAUUAGUUAUCCUGUAUUGUAUACGUAACAAGUUAGUUGACAUAACUACGUAAUAUCUAAAUAUGGAUAUCUUCGUUAAAGUAGCGCGACAUUUCGCUCGCUUGUUACACGUUCAUUUGUUAAUCUGUGUCGCAGUUUUUGAUCACAAUCAUGUAUUUUGUACUUUAAGCAGUUGUGCCCCAUACACGUUCCAUUUCUAGGAUUAAGAGGCAUAUACAUUACUGCUAUUAUUUUAUUUUACUAUAAAAUAUGUUUCUUUCCCUGAAGUACAUAGAUUGCUUCAAUAUAAAGGAAGUUUUUCUGUUUUAUUUAAUGUUUAAUACAAUUGUUUAGAACAAAAUUUUAUAGAAUCGUAUGGUACUAAAAUCUGUGGUGUAGUAACUUAAAUUCUCAUUGUAUAAACAAAAUUACUUGAACGGCAUGUAAUGUUAGUAUUUGUAAUAUGAUAACGAAGUAGCCAUUUAAUAUGUAAUACGUAUACCUUAGCCAAUCCAUACAAUAAUCAAUGUUUAAUUAAUAAUAAUGGGGCUACCGUGUUUCUGGUCACUAUAUGUCGCAAAUGUAGCAACAGGUAUAUUGUCCAAUCACUGCAGCUGUCAAAUAUUAAAUGUCCAAUGGUGUGACACUAGCUAUUUCCCCAUUGGAUGAAAAUCGAGAGGUGGAGUUUAACGCCAUCUAGUGACCAAAAAUAAAGUAGCCCCAUUGAAAUGAUGCUAAAUAGCCAUAGAGAAUACAUUGACUCUAGUUUUGUAUCUAUGAUUGUUCAAUGUAGUUUUCAUUCAAUUUGAAAACUAUUAUUGAUGUAUAUAGGUAUCUUAUUGUAUUACUAUUAACAAGUUGUAUAAGUUAAUUUUGUAUGUAUUUUUUUAUAUUGGAUUUGUGUUGAGUUUUUGUGUUCGUUUGUGUUAGGAGGUUGCUAUGUUUAUGCAAUACUCGUCGAGUGUGAAACUGGUAGCUUGUUGGGAGACAAGAAGGCAAGAAUUUUUGAUAUGGCAUAAUAAAGUAAACAGUCCUUUUAUGAAUGCUUUUUUGCAACCCAACAACUGCCGGAGUCACCUUACAAUUUUUGUUUUUUUAUUAACUCAAUGAUUGAUUGUUUGAAUUAAAGAGUUGUGUUUGGAGUGUUAAGUUACAGAUGCGCGAUCAGUCGUCAUCCAGUAGGUUUGUUAGAAAACUUGUAAGAGCUGAGAUGAGGCCAUAUUUUUAUUAUAUUUAGUACCCAAGUUCAUUCAACCUGAGAUUAUCGAUACAUUCCUCCCAGUAUUGGAUUUUGUAUACCAAAUUCUAUGUCCAUUGUCAUCAAACUAUUUAUACCAUUUCAUUCAUUCACCUAACCUCAUUAUAACUUGGAUACUAGUUAAAAAUACCAGUUUUGAAAGACAAUUUCAAAUUGGAGUUGUCGUUGUUGAAUGUAAAAAUGCCUUCGAAGAGUCAUGAACUCGAAAUUUGUUAUGUGAAAUGACAAGAAAGAUGAUCUAUUCAACGGUUUAAAGUUAUUAAUUUCAUGUUAUUUGACUCUAGUAUGAGUUUAUUAUAGUUUCAUUUAAUAAUUAUAAUGAAAACAAUGUACUCGAUAUGUUUAAAAAAAUAUUCGAAUCGCUUAUAGAUAAGAAACUCACUAUUUUACGAUUCCUAUUCAAUUUACUGUAUGGAAACUAGGACCGUAGAUUUGUUAUUAUUCAAGUUUAGAAUCCAUUUUAUUUGAUACAUGUUGAUUCCAAUUUCUGAUUCGUUAAAUUAGGUUUAAUUUCUAUGAUUGUCUUUAGUAUAAACAUUCGCUUUUUAAACGUGACUUCAUAUUGAUUAUUGUGAGCAUUUAUUUAUUAUAUUAUGUAAAUUAAUGUUUAAAUCAUGAUGUAAUAUUAAUGAUAAUAAAGUGCAUACAACACUGAAA